GGUCUAAAAAUGUAUUUAUGGACCAUGAAACAUCAAGAAAGCAUAUCAGACAAUAGUAUAUCAGAAUGAAAUGACAUUAUCACACACUUAACAAUUUUGAAAACCAACAAGGCCUAAGUUUUUGGACAGAAAUCAAAGUCCAAAAACUACCAUCAAUAAAUCCACAACCAAAUUAAGAAUUUUACUGUGGUCCCAAAUAAAUAAAGAAUUACUAAAAAAACCAACAAUUUAUUAGGAUGUAAACACAACAUGAGACUGAAAGGGCAUCAAUUCGGCUUUGAGAGAAACCAGGUCUGCUGCUAUCUGCUAUCUGCAUCUCUAUUCUCUAGUCCCUUUACUACACAAUUCUUUCUCAAUCCCACAAAAUGCUCUCUAUUUUUAUUUUCUUUCUUGAAAUUUUCCAUGCAAAAACAGACACCUUUUGUCAUCUAAUAAAUUUAUUUCUUAUAACUAUGUGAUUGUCUCAUCUGUUGCUUAUAAAAAACAAUAAUAAAGAAAAAAUAGAAAAGAUGAUAGAAAAAAGAACAACCCUUUUCCCUCCACUUAUUUUCCUACCUGUUUUCACACUUGGAUUUCUCAAGGUUUUUAUUUUUGAAAAAAUUGCAAAGAAGAGAGAGAGAAUUUAAAGUACCUGUAAACAACAAGUAGUACAACUCUCCAACUCUUUUUAACUUCAUUUUAUUACAGUCUUUAGUUCCAACGUUCUUGAGAAAACUUAAGUUUUGAUGCCAUCAUUUUCUUCUUUUCCCUCCUCCAAACUUUUAUCCAAUCCCCAAAAACACACAUUUCUUUACUCCUUUUCUUGACUUCUUUUUCCACUGAGGAAUAUCCUCGAACACCUUAUCUGCCAGAAACCGAGAAUUCUCAAAAUGGCGACUUCCGCUCCGGUAUUAGACCCUUUACAGCAGCAGCAGCCGCCGCCGAUGGAGAUGGCGCAGCAAGCCUACACCGCGCAUUCCGGUCACGGGUCGGUGGGACCCGUUAUCGGAGUUCUCGCGGUUAUAACGAUUCUGGGCGCAAUCGCGGUGAUGAUUGGGCGGCUUUGCUCGGGUCGGGGCAUAAGGGGCCACGCGCAGUACGAUUUCGAGAGAUGGGUCGAGACCAAAUGCGCCUCUUGCAUUGAUGGCCGGGUCGACCACCCUCCGCCGCGGGUCGUCGUCGAGCACCGCGUCAGCAGCUCGUCCGGAGACGGCGCCAGAGCGGCGGCGGCGGCGGAAGAGAGAGUCGAGGAGGCGAAUGAGAGUCAUCAUCAACAACAACAUGAGUAGACCUCCAAUCAAAAUCUUUCAAGUGAAAUCCAAGGUUUUCACUCACUGUAAACUGUUUGUUUCCUUCUUUUUUUCUUUUUUAUGUUUCUAUUGGGGGAAAAGAAAUUUUAAAUUUUUUGUGGGUUUAUAUGGAGUAUUAAUGUUUCUUUA